AUGAGGGUGGCGGGAGUCGGGAGUGGAGAUGGCCCCGAGCCUGGCGCGUGCUUUUCUGAAGAGGUGGAGCAGGCAGGCCCGACCAGCCAGACGAGGCGAGUGAAGGAGGGCUCAACGCUCGUCUCUCAACCCACCAUCACCAUCACCAUCUUCCUCCUCCUCCUCCUCCUCCUCCUCCUCCUCCUCCUCCUCCUCCUCCUCCUCCUCCUCGCCUUGCCUGCAUCUCUCCCCUCGUUGCCCUCCCUACACCGCCACCGCCGCUGCCGUCCGAUCCACUUCCGACAGAGCGCCACUCACACGCCUCCCGCCCCUCCCCUGUUCCAGGCGCGAUCCACGCCGCAGCGACCGGCCGACACCCGCAUAUACGAGUCAUCCUAUGGCGGUCCGAUCUCGACUCUGAUGAGACCGCUCCCGACCCGGCCGUCAGUGCCGCAGGGCCAAACGCAUCCCACCUCCUCGGCCUCUGCAUCUGAAUUCGCGCAGCAGCACCAGCAGCACCAGCAGCACCAGCAGCAGCAGCAGCAGCAGCAGCAGCAGCAGCAGCAAAAUGCAGUGCCUUCGCGUCCGGUCCCGAAACGCCUGAGCCCGGUCUUUGGGCGACCCAGCGCUGCUGCCGGUUCCCUUCCGCCGCGACCCGUCGCCGUUCAGAGCGCAGCACCUGCUUCAGCGGCGAGGGGAAGAGGCGCAGGCCCGCGCAUCAUACGCCCGCAUCUUCCGGCACCAGGCGCAUCUGCGGCUCCCCGGCCGCGGCCCUUUGCCAACAGGUCGGCUGUCUUCAACAGGCCUCAGCCGCCCGCCGCAACAAACGAGGCGGAGCAGUACGAUACCGCCGCCACCGCCAGCAACGGGACCCUGCUUGCCACUGGACUGCCGCCCAAACCUGUCACGGUCGAGGCUCAAGGCUCAGGAUCGGCUCCGGCGAUAAGUGCCUUCGGCGGCGGCGGCGGUAGCAGCAGCAGCGCCUUCGGAAGCUCGGCGACGGGUGCUGCACCAGCAGCGAGCAUCUCUGCCUUCGGAUCGCCCAGCUUCGGGCUCGGCGGCGCUACUACCUCUGCCGCGCCCAGCGCCUUCUCCAGCUCCGCGUCCACACAGAGCACCUCUGGAUCCGCUUUUGGCGCCUUCGGCAGCGCCAAACCGGCUUCGGCCUUCACAGCUGCCGAACCUACCUCCUCUUCCUCUCCAUUCUCCGAUGCUGUCGGCGCUGCGGCUGCUCCUUCGCCCCUGUCCUUGGCCGCAGCCGAAUCACCCUUCCUCGCUCCAAGUCCAGCGCCAAGCCCGGCCCCGGCUCCCGUUCCAGCUCCGGCAGCGGCUGCUGGUACGCCGACGUCGCUCUCCAGCUUCCUGCGCAAGGACAAGUCAAAUGCUGGCUCGGCUGCCGCCUCGCGCUCCUCUACGCCGCUUCCCAGCGGCGGAGGAGGCGCAUUCGACCAGAUCGCCACACCUGGUGGUCGAGACGGCAAUGUAGGGGAGGACGAGGAGAGGAGGAGGCGCUUCGACGAUGCGCCCAAGACGGGCAACCGCUUUCUGGAGAUGAAGGGCGGCCGCGAGGCUCUGAGGGCAUCCUACAUCGCCUCAGGCGUCCUUCCGGACCCCAACAAACCUACCGACCUGGCGCUCGCCAUCAAGCUCACCGGCACCUGCCAGGACAUGUGCCCGGAGUUUGAGCGCGAGGAGCGCGAGUAUCAAAAGGAGCUCGACCGCUUCGAGAUGAUCCCAGGCACGAACCGAGUCGAUCCCAAGCUGGCCGUCAAGAUCUACCGUCGGCCUGCCGCCGGACGAGAGCUGCCCUUGCCCGAGGACGUGCGCCCGCCGGCGGUGCUCAAGAUGACGCUCAACUACCUGUUCCACCAGCUCCUGCCGGCUUCCCCCGACGAUCCGGCCUUCACUGCGGUGCAGCCGUUCCUCUGGAACAGGACUCGGGCCAUUCGACAGGACUUCAUCGUCCAGAGCGAGAGCGGCCCGAUGACGAUCGAGUGUCACGAGCGGAUCGCGCGAUACCACAUCCUCUGCCUGCACUGGAAGGGCGGACCGGGUGCCGAGGGCUGGAGCGAGCAGCAGGAGCUCGAGCAGCUCCGAAAGACUCUUCGGUCGUUGAUCGAGUUCUACGACGACCGGCGCCGUUCGGGCCACACCUCGCCGUGCGAGGCCGAAUUUCGCGCCUACAACCUCCUGCUGCACCUCCGCGACCCCGAGACGCUGCGCGAGGUCGAGCUGCUGCCUCGCGCCAUCUUUACGGCGCCGCAGGUGCAGGCGGCCCUGUCGCUGCGUGCGCUCGCGCAGCGAUCCAACAAUCUCGAGCGCCGCGGCCAGCCCAGAAACACCGAGGCGACGCUCAACUUUUUCUCGCGCUUCUUCGCCGAGCUUCGCAAGCCGGCCGUCUCUUACCUGAUGGCCUGUCUCGCCGAAAAUUCCUUCAACUCGGUCCGCAUCGGCGCCAUCAAGGCCAUGGCCAAGGCGUACAUGGCCCAGCACCGCGCCCUUCCGCUCGCCUUCCUGGUCAAGUGCCUCGGGCUCGACGACGAGGGGCAGGCCAUCGCUCUGGUCCAGCAUCUUGGCAUCGAGCUCGAGUACGACGACGCGGCGGCCACGGGACACCCGAGCGGCGUCAGGCUGUCCAAGGCGAGCCUGAUCAACGAGGACAAGCCCGUGCCAAGCCCCUUCAGCGCCACCAUUGUCGAAGCCAAGAGGGGCACGCACUCGUGCCAGGAUGUCGUCGACGGCAUCGCCAGCGGAGCGGCGCCGCCAUUGCCGCUGCCGCCACAGGUCAUCACACCGAGGCCGGCUGCAGCAAAGCCAAGCGUUCCGCCACCCACCAAGGUGGUCGCACCGGGAAGCGCGUUUGGCCUGCCUCCAGCAGCAGGCUCGACAUCAUCUUCGGUGUUUGGAAGCGGUACAGCCUUCGUGUCCGGCGGCACCUCGGCCUUCGAAGGCGCGAGCGGUCCGUCUCUAGCCCAGCCGCAGCCCUCGAGCGCAGCCUCGAAGCUCUCUGCCGCCUCCCCUGCCUUUGUACCCUCGACUUUCGCCAAGCAAGCCACGGACGAAGGCUCGGCUCGUGCCGCCUCCUCCUUUGGUCGGGCCCCGAGCGCCUUUUCGUCCGCGGCGACGACGACUUCUGCUCCUCCAACCUCGGCAGCGGCGGGACCUUCCUUCUCGUUUGGCGCUCCGGCCCAGCAUGUUGCUGGCAGUGCCACCCUUCCAUCGACGGCGACUCAACGAGCGCAGCAACCGCAAGAGCAGCAGCAGCAGCAAAAGGCACCCGAAUCCAGUGCGCCGAAGCUGCCGAUAUUCGACAAGCCAGCCUCAUUCAGCGCAUCGCCCAGCCGCAAGAAGCGCGCCGCUGAGCCCCCGUCGAGUGAGGGGCCGGAUCAGGUGGAAUCUCCGCGUCCGGCGCCGCCGCCUCCAUCAAGAUCGCUACUGGAGCCCACUCCCGCACUCAAGAGCACGCCUGCAUUGCCGCCCUCGCCGCCAAAGCAAACGCAGUCCAAGAAACGACACAAGAUUCCAGCUCCGGCCAAGGCUGAGCUGCUCGACCGAGCGUAUUCGGCGAUGGUCCAGCCCCUGCUCGAGGAAGCCGCAAAGACGGCCGCCACGGCUGCUGUAGAAGCCGAGCGGAUUCGCCGCGGUCGCGCCGCAGCUCGCUCCGCUCUCCUCGACACGCUAUCGGAGCAGCUCUUCAAACAGCUCGCUGCCGAACGCUGCCAGAAGGUGUCGGAGCGACGAUCAAGGCACGCCGCUGCCGUUGAGUAUGCGGACAGGAGCUUCAAGCGCUUCGGUCUCGAGAGCUGGAAACAGGCGCUGCAGGAGCGCCGGCACGGCAAGCAGAUGAAGGCGCGCCUCGAUCUCGUCCGAAACGAGCUCAAGCGCCGCGGCAUCGGUGGCGGCGAUGCCGACCACCACGGCAGCCGCAGCAUCAUCCUGGGCGAGCGAAAGGUGACAAAGCGAGCCGAGGCUCGGCCCUUUGCGCGGUCCCGCCGCCUUCGGUCCGAGAACAGGGCCGCAUUCGAAGACGACGGUCAGGAGAGCGACGACGACGAGGCGCUGCGGGCGACACUUGACACGGCGCAGCAGAGGCGCCAGGCGCUUUGGGAAAGCGGCGUCUUCCUCGACCAGAUCGCGCAGAGGCUCGAGGCCCUCGUGUCGCAGUUCUGCCCAAUCCAGCUGGAACGCUUCACCACGCUCUUCUUCGGCGCUAGGAGGGAGGGAAGCGCCGCGUCGCAGUGGCUGCGGUCCAAAUUCGGCCUCGCCUCGCCCGAGGACGAGGUCGUCGACGUCGAGCUCCUCGAUGGAACCGCCUGCACCCUCGUCGCCGCCGAUGCCGACGACUGCGUGGCCACGGAUGCCGAAGAAGACGUGGGCCUGGUGAUCUUCGAGUGCGACCCUGGCUCGGUCCGUUCCACGGCCGAGGAAGGGGACCAGAUCUGGCGAGCGGAUCGAGAACGCCUCCAACGGAUCGCCUCGUGCAAAGCUGUCCGGCAGAGCACGCUGGCCCCACGCCUGCUCGUCGUCGUCUGGUCGGAUGGCAUACCGCGUCUUGAAGAGGCUCCUAGUCGCCUCGGCCUCGGUCCCAAGCAGGCGACCGGGUCGAAGGUGUGGGACCGCAUCGCGUUCCUCGAGCUUGGCGACGCCACGCACGACAGCACGAUGGACAUGGCGCAGAGCGUCGCCAAGCUGUUUCCGUCGCUGGCGCUCAACACCUCGUUCCGCCGCACUACGCUCGAGGACAUCGCCUCGCCGCUGGCCAGCGUCUGGAUCGAGACCGUCUCUCGCAUCGCCUCGCUCUUCCCGCGGCUGCCCCGGGACGAAGAGGCCAGGGACGUCUCGGAUCGUACAGAGGCGCAGGCGCUCAGGAUCCUCGUCGCUCUCCUGAACCACGUCAUCAGGACCGUCCUGCACUUGUCCGAGACGAUCCUCGAGCCCGAGGAAGAAGGCCGGCUCUUGCUGCCCAUACCCACAGCGGCUGAGGUCGGGCUCUUCGCAGCGGCGUUCGGGCUGGUCGAAGAGAUGGCCAUCCAGGCCGUGGAGGCGCAAAGACAAGAGGACGGCGAGAACAGGGACGAGGCCGAACAGGCGCUGGCCUGCCUUGCCCACAUCCAGACUGACCUUCUGGCGAUCGAAGCGAGGGGUGAAGCCCUCUCGCUUGCGCACCUCCUCCAUCCGCUCCUGACGCUGACGCUCUCGCGCCUCGAACGGAUCUGGCUGCACGCCGAGUCCGAGACGACGAUCGGACAAUCGAUCCAGGCCUCGACGCGCGAGCUGCGCGAGCUCGCCGAUCGCGCCGUCGACGAAGUGGCGGGCGACAUCCGCCGCGUCUCGAGCAAGCUGCGCGGCGGACGCGGCGGUAAACGCUCGCUCGUCCACGGCCGCGACGAGGGCGAGGGCGAGGAGGAUGAGGGCGCAGAGGGUGGGCAGCUGGAACGACUGGACCAAGACGGACGGCGCGAUAGACCGAUGACGCUAGACGAACUGUCGUCGCCGCCCAAACGCAUCCGAUCCCACCCUCCAUCCACCACCUCCCCGGCAGCGGCGGCCGUACCGGUACCAAGGAUGUCGACGACGCUCCGAUCCAGUCGACCCGGUCCCACAACGACGACGACGACGACGCCGGCCGCAUCCACACGGCCCGACAAGGCGUCGAACCCGCUCGAAGACCUACGCGCCCUCAUCGCCAGCACGACGAGGUUCCUCGACUCCAAGUCGGCCUAA